GCUUCCGGUAAACCAUGGUAAGUGUAGCGUAGUUUUAAAUUUAUUGAUAUUAUUCAUAAAAUUUAUAGUAUUAUGAAUUUAUCAUUUAAAAAAAAUUGUUUUUAUAUGUUUUAUAAUUUAAUUUAUAUUUAUUUAUUCUUAAAAAUGCAUAAGAAAUAUAAAAAUUAUUCAAUAUAACCUUGCAUUUUUCAUAGUUUUCAACCACAUGCCAUUUCAAAGGUUUGUAGAAUCUGGUCGUAUUGCUUAUGUGAGCGAUGGGCCGCAUAAAGGUAAACUUGUUGCCAUUGUAGACAUCAUUGAUCAAAAUCGGGUUUUAGUUGAUGGGCCUUCUUCAAAUGUUCCACGUUGUGAAAUGAGAUUAAAUGAUCUUCAUUUAACUAAAUUCCGUAUACGUUUCCCAUAUACUGGAUCCACCCGUGUUGUACGUAAAGCAUGGGAAGCUGCAAACAUUAAUGACCUUUGGAAACAAACUAUGUGGGCAAGAAAGGUUGAAGCCAAGAAAAAACGGCUGGAACUUAGUGAUUUUGAUCGUUUUAAAUUAAGAAAAGCAAGACAAAUUAGAAACAAAUUGAGGACAGAUGCAUUUUACAGAUUAAAAAAGAAAGCUAAGAAAACAAAGGCUACAGGUACCAGUAAAAAAGUUGAAAAGAAGUGAUUUUUUAUUCUAUGAAAUAAAUACAAAAUUAUCUUACAA